CCCCUACAAGCCACUCGGAACAGACGGCUCCCCGAAUGACAUCUCGAAGGAGUUAGAUGGGAGCUUAACCAGAGUCUGCAGAGCCAUUCACAACUACUCAUUCCGACAUUCGGAGGUACAUUGAACAGGACAAGGUUGAAUUCGAAGCGGAGCAGCGUUCCACGUUGUUAGGGUUCCUUCGGCAUGUGGAGUUGAUUAUCAAGGCCGUCGUCAAUGCACAAGCAACGAAGCAACUUUCCCCCGAUGCUAUACGCAUGCUUCUAAGAAUCUAUUGGCUCUGGACGCACAAUGACCUUCUUCCCAAAGACGGGCUUGCCGACGAUGCGGUUACAUUGCUUGACUACGCGGAUACGUGGCUGACUGAAAAACGCGGCAUACAUGUCAAGCUUCGGCGUUGGGCGGUGAAGAUCAUGUCGUUCGUGAUCUCGGCCAACAGGCUCGUUAUUUUGACCCAGUCGCACCACCUCCGCAAAAUUAUAGAAGGGAAAUUCGCAAUUCAACCCCUCCCACGUCCAACCACGACUCCGUAUCGUUGCAAUUUUUCUUCAGAGAACGUACGAGUGGCUCUGGACGCCACGCUGGCCGGAACCACAUACUGUACUGCGGAGUGGAAUGAGCAGCGCGAAUCGUUCAUUGCGCGGCUUCGGAAUGGGCUGAAGGAUUCUGUGGACCGCUUGAAACCCACAGUCCAUGCCGAGCUAGCCAUGAUCAUGGCAAUGUUUAAGGGCGAAGUCCAGCAAGUCUUACCCUACAUUGGGGUUUCUAAACUUUCCUGCAUUAUGUGUACCCACUAUAUCCAGGCCUUCAAUGAUGUUACGGGGCAAAAGAUCGUUGUCAAAUGUACACAUGGGAAAGCCUACCCUGGGUGGUUCUGGCCUAAUCUUCCUCCCGUGACGGAGAAGUUCGUGAAGCCUUUUUAGGACUUAUCAGACAGCAGCUCCAGAGUGACUUCAAGCUGCAUGUAUUAACCACUAGAGGGCGACUCAGUUCCGAUAGCACCGUGGGAUCUGGCGCUCCGGAACUGGAAUUAUCUGCCACUAUGGAUGAGAUUGAAGAACUCGGCAAUCGUGUGUGAUCAGAGGCAUGUGCAUAAUUUUGCAAAUGACUGUACCUGACACCGAAGUCAAGAGCUGGGGGACGCAUCCAAACCGAACACCUCGGAUUCCAUGCCCCAAGUACGUGUGGUAUUGAAAAUCCCCUAAACGAAACAAAUUGCUGGUUGUGGUGACGACUCUAAUGCAACAAUUACAAACACAUAGGGAUUGGUAUCUUAAUAUGACGAAGCAGGCUAAAUUUCC